CUUUUUGCCAGAGAAGCUGCCUGCUCGCUCAGGGCAAGAGCAAGAGCAAGUGCAGGGACUUCUUAGCUGGCUGGUGAUGCUUUCUGGCGCCUGGCUGGCUUGGCCCACUGCAGUUCCCCCUUCUCUAAGGACCCAGAUCCCUACAGAAACAACGAGGAGUUACUUUCUCUUCAAGGAGGCUGAAAGAGCAGUGAUUUGUGGCAUUCUCAUUUGCGGCUGUUUCCCUGUCUUGUUAACUGCCUCUUACUAGUAAUAGAUGUGAUUUCUGUGGGAGACUGAGGGGUGUGUGGAGGCCUCAGUGAUUAAUAGUGAAUUCCCAUCGGCGGGCAUCUCUCUGCCCCUCUUGCGUGAUGUAAGAUCAGACGUACCCCUGCAUCGAAAAGUCCAGACAUACAGCGCCUGGCUGGCGCUCGCACGCUCUCCGCAGGCGCGCUUCCGCACACCUUCCACAUCCUGCUCCUGGCAGAGCAAGGCGGACUGGCUGGACCCACCGACCCAGGGAUUUCCAGUGACAUUUGUAAAUGACGCGGCUCUGUUCCAGGCUGCCAGCGGCUGCGACCGGGCCGAGGGUGCCGCCGAGCAGUCUGCAGCACAGGCUCACCGGGAAGAUCACCAUGUCCCAAUUGCUUCUCGCCAUCCUCACUCUCUCGGGAUUAUUGCCUAACGCCAAGGUUCUGACAGUGGGAGCCGAACAAGAUCAGCAGUCGUGUGAUCCUGGUGAAUUUCUUUGCCACGACCAUGUGACUUGUGUCUCCCAGAGUUGGCUGUGUGAUGGGGACCCUGACUGCCCUGAUGAGUCGGAUGAGUCUUUAGUCACCUGUCCCGGGGAGGUGGAGAUGAAGUGCCCCUUUAAUCAUAUUACUUGUCGUGGAGCGAGUGCAUGUGUCCACUUGUCACAACUGUGCAAUGGGGCGUUAGACUGCCCUAACGGCUUUGAUGAAGGAGUACAUUGCCAGGAUCUGCUACCCAGUUGUCAGCAGCUGAAUUGCCAGUUUAAAUGUGCAGUGAUCAGAAAUAUUACAAGAUGUUACUGUGAAGAUGGAUUUGAAAUAACAGAAGAUGGGAAAAGCUGUAAAGACCAAGAUGAAUGUAGCAUAUAUGGUACCUGCAGCCAGACCUGCCUGAAUACAUAUGGAUCCUACGCUUGCAGUUGUGUGGAAGGCUAUAUAAUGCAGUCCGAUAACAGAACUUGCAAGGUUAAAAAUGAACCUACAGAUAGGCCACCAAUGUUACUAAUUGCAAGUCCUGAAACAGUUGAGGUCUUCUACAUUAAUGGAAGCAAAAUGACAACUCUAAGCCCGGCCAACAGAAAUAAAAUACAUGCUCUAGAUUUUAUUUAUAAUGAAGAGAUGAUUUGCUGGAUUGAAUCAAGAGAGUCUUCAAAUCAACUCAAAUGUGGCCAGAUGACAAAAUCGGGAAAAUUAACAGAUGAAAGAAUUAUUAACAUUCUUCAAUCCUUCCGCAAUGUGGAACAAAUGGCAAUUGACUGGCUUACCAGAAAUCUCUACUUUGUGGACCAUAUCAGUGACCGGAUCUUUGUUUGUAAUUACAAUGGCUCUGUGUGUGUCACGCUGAUUGAACUGGAGCUUCACAAUCCUAAAGCCAUAGCAGCAGAUCCCAUCGCAGGAAAACUUUUCUUUACUGACUAUGGAGACAUUCCCAAAGUCGAGAGAUGUGACAUGGAUGGGAUGAACAGAACAAGGAUAGUUUAUUCUAAGGCAGAACAGCCAGCUGCCCUGACAUUGGACCUCAUCAACCGAUUGGUUUAUUGGGUAGACCUCUACUUAGACUAUGUGGGAGUAGUAGACUACCAAGGAAAAAACAGGCAUACUCUUGUUCAAGGCAGACAAGUUAAACAUCUCUAUGGCAUAACUGUGUUUGAAGAUUAUUUAUAUGCAACCAGUUCUGAUGACUUCAAUAUCAUACGAAUAAACAGAUUUAAUGGAAGUGAUAUUCACUCAAUAAUUAAAAUGGAAAGUGCUCGAGGAAUCCGAACAUAUCAGAAAAGAACUCAGCCAACGGUCAGAAGCCAUGCCUGUGACUUGGAUGCAUUUGGACUGCCAGGGGGCUGCUCACACAUCUGUCUGUUCAGCAGCAGCUAUAAGACAAGGACCUGCCGUUGCAGAACUGGCUUCAACUUGGGGAGUGAUGGCAGGUCAUGCAAAAGGCCAAAGAAUGAAUUGUUCCUCUUUUAUGGAAAAGGACGCCCAGGAAUUGUUAGAGGAAUGGACCUGAAUACCAAGAUAGCUGAUGAAUGCAUGAUCCCCAUAGAAAAUCUGGUAAACCCACGUGCUUUAGAUUUUCAUGCAGAAACUAACUAUAUCUACUUUGCUGACACCACCAGUUUCUUAAUUGGCCGGCAGAAAAUAGAUGGCACAGAGCGAGAAACUAUCUUGAAAGAUGAUUUGGAUAAUGUAGAAGGCAUUGCAGUAGACUGGAUUGGAAAUAACCUUUACUGGACAAAUGAUGGUCAAAGAAAAACCAUUAAUGUGGCCAGGCUAGAAAAGGCGUCUCAGAGCCGGAAAACCCUGCUGGAGGGAGAAAUGUCCCAUCCCAGAGGAAUUGUGGUUGAUCCAGUCAAUGGUUGGAUGUAUUGGACAGACUGGGAGGAAGAUAAAAUAGAUGACAGCGUGGGAAGGAUUGAGAAGGCUUGGAUGGAUGGCUUCAAUCGACAGAUUUUUGUGACUUCAAAGAUGCUGUGGCCAAAUGGCUUAACGCUGGACUUUCGCACCAACACAUUAUAUUGGUGUGAUGCCUACUACGAUCAUAUUGAAAAAGUGUUUUUGAAUGGAACUCACAGAAAGAUAGUUUACAGUGGGAAAGAAUUGAAUCAUCCUUUUGGAUUAUCGCAUCAUGGAAAUUAUGUGUUCUGGACAGAUUACAUGAAUGGUUCCAUUUUUCAACUAGAUUUGAUGACCAGUGAGGUGACAUUGCUGAGACAUGAAAGAGCACCCCUGUUUGGGCUUCAGAUUUAUGAUCCACGAAAGCAACAAGGUGACAAUAGGUGCCGCAUAAACAAUGGAGGCUGCGGCACACUCUGCCUAUCCAUCCCAGCAGGCCGCGUGUGUGCUUGUGCUGAUAACCAACUUUUGGAUGAAAAUGGUACCACUUGCACAUUUAAUCCUGAAGAAAUAAUGCUGCAUAUAUGUAAACCUGGAGAAUUUCGCUGCAAAAACAAGCACUGUAUCCAAGCUCGGUGGAAAUGUGAUGGGGAUGAUGACUGCCUAGAUGGGAGUGAUGAAGAUUCUGUCACUUGCUUCAAUCAUAGCUGUCCUGAUGAUCAGUUUAAAUGCCAAAAUAAUCGUUGUAUCCCCAAGAGAUGGCUUUGUGAUGGAGCAAAUGAUUGUGGCAGCAAUGAAGACGAGUCCAACCAAACCUGCGCAGCAAGAACCUGCCAGGCUGAUCAGUUUUCUUGCGGAAAUGGGCGCUGCAUUCCCAGAGCAUGGCUGUGUGACAGAGAGGAUGACUGUGGUGACCAGACAGAUGAAGUGGAAACUUGUGAGUUCCCAACUUGUGAGCCUCUAACUCAGUUCAUAUGUAAGAGUGGAAGAUGCAUCAGCAGCAAAUGGCACUGCGACACUGAUGAUGACUGCGGGGACAGGAGUGAUGAGGUGGGCUGUGUUCACUCUUGCUUUGAUGACCAGUUCAGAUGUUCCAUGGGCCGUUGUAUCCCAGGGCAUUGGGCCUGUGAUGGUGACAAUGACUGUGGAGACUUCAGCGAUGAAACACAUGUCAAUUGUACCAAAUUGGAAGUUCAUUCGCCUGCUGGCUGCGCUGGGAAUGAGUUUCAGUGCCAUCCUGACGGUAACUGCAUCCCUGAUCUGUGGCGCUGCGAUGGAGAAAAAGACUGCGAAGACGGCAGUGAUGAAAAAGGCUGCAAUGGCACCAUUCGACUGUGCGACCACAAAACCAAGUUUUCCUGCAGGAGUACAGGGAGAUGUAUCAACAAUGCCUGGGUAUGUGAUGGAGAUGUUGACUGUGAGGAUCAGUCUGAUGAAGAAGAUUGUGACAGUUUCUUGUGUGCACCACCCAAGUACCCUUGUGCAAAUGAUACCUCGGUGUGCCUGCAGCCAGAGAAACUCUGCAAUGGGAGAAGGGACUGUCCAGAUGGGUCAGAUGAAGGCGACCUUUGCGAUGAAUGCUCGCUGAACAAUGGAGGCUGUAGCAACCACUGUUCUGUGGUUCCUGGAAGAGGAAUUGUCUGUUCCUGCCCAGAAGGACACCAGCUCAGAAAAGACAAUAGAACCUGUGAAAUCGUGGACUAUUGUGCCUCCCACCAGAGGUGCAGCCAAGUGUGUGAGCAGCACAAACACAUGGUCAAGUGCUCCUGUUACGAAGGCUGGACAUUGGGUACGGAUGGGGAAAGCUGCACCAGUGUGGAUCCUUUUGAGGCAUUCAUCAUCUUUUCUAUACGCCAUGAGAUUCGGAGGAUUGAUCUGCAUAAAGGAGAUUAUAGCCUACUUGUUCCUGGACUGAGAAACACCAUAGCACUUGAUUUUCAUUUCAAUCAAAGUCUACUUUAUUGGACAGAUGUUGUAGAAGACAGAAUAUACAGGGGCAAGCUUUCAGAGAAUGGAGGUGUCAGUGCCAUAGAAGUGGUUGUGGAACAUGGCUUGGCUACUCCAGAAGGCCUGACAGUAGACUGGAUAGCAGGCAACAUAUACUGGAUUGACAGCAAUCUGGAUCAAAUUGAAGUAUCUAAACUUGAUGGUUCUCUGAGAGCUACAUUGAUAGCAGGAGCCAUGGAGCAUCCCAGGGCCAUUGCACUGGACCCAAGAUAUGGAAUUCUUUUCUGGACAGACUGGGAUGCCAAUUUCCCUCGCAUCGAAUCUGCCUCUAUGAGCGGUGCUGGGAGAAAAACUAUCUAUAAAGACAUGAAAACUGGGGCAUGGCCUAAUGGACUGACUGUGGACCACUUUGAGAAAAGGAUAGUUUGGACAGAUGCCAGGUCAGAUGCUAUUUACUCAGCCUUCUAUGAUGGAACAAACAUGAUAGAAAUUAUCAGAGGACACGAGUACCUGUCACAUCCCUUUGCUGUGUCUUUGUUUGGGAGUGAGGUGUACUGGACAGACUGGAGGACCAAUACACUGGCCAAAGCCAACAAGUGGACAGGGCAGAAUGUCAGUGUGAUUCAGAAGACCAGUGCACAGCCAUUUGACCUUCAGAUAUACCAUCCCAGUCGACAGCCUCAAGCUUCCAAUCCUUGUGCAGCCAAUGAGGGUAGAGGCCCCUGCUCUCACCUGUGUCUCAUCAAUCAUAACAGGAGUGCAGCCUGUGCCUGCCCCCACCUGAUGAAGCUUUCCCCCAACAAGAAGACCUGCUAUGAAAUGAAAAAGUUUCUUCUUUAUGCAAGACGUUCUGAGAUCCGAGGAGUGGACAUUGACAAUCCGUAUGUGAACUUCAUCACGGCCUUCACUGUCCCAGAUAUUGAUGAUGUUGCUGUAAUAGACUUCGAUGCCUCUGAGGAACGCUUGUACUGGACAGACAUCAAAACACAAACCAUCACACGGGCUUUCAUUAAUGGAACAGGGCUAGAAACAGUUAUUUCAAGAGAUAUUCAGAGCAUCAGAGGGUUAGCAGUGGACUGGGUUUCACGUAAUUUAUACUGGAUUAGUUCAGAAUUUGAUGAAACACAAAUUAACGUGGCCAGGCUAGACGGCUCUUUGAAAACCUCAAUUAUCCACGGAAUCGAUAAGCCACAGUGUCUGGCAGCUCACCCUGUCAGGGGGAAACUGUACUGGACAGAUGGAAAUACAAUAAACAUGGCAAAUAUGGAUGGGAGUAAUAGCAAGAUUCUCUUUCAGAACCAAAAAGAACCAGUUGGUCUCUCGAUAGACUAUGUGGAGAAUAAGCUUUAUUGGAUCAGUUCUGGAAAUAGAACCAUAAACCGAUGCAACCUGGAUGGUGGUAAUUUAGAAGUAAUAGAGUCAAUGAAAGAAGAAUUAAAAAAAGCUACAGCCUUAACCAUCAUGGACAAGAAACUCUGGUGGGCAGACCAAAACUUAGCUCAACUCGGAACCUGCAACAAAAGAGAUGGAAGAAAUCCCACCGUCCUGCGAAAUAAGACUUCCGGGGUUGUUCACAUGAAAGUAUAUGACAAAGAAGCACAACAAGGCAGCAAUUCUUGUCACCUAAAUAAUGGCGGGUGCUCUCAGCUUUGUUUACCAACAUCUGAAACUACCAGGACUUGCAUGUGUACAGUAGGAUAUUAUCUCAGGAAGAACCGCAUGUCGUGCCAAGGAAUAGAAUCUUUUCUGAUGUACUCUGUUCAUGAAGGAAUUCGGGGAAUACCUCUUGAACCAAGCGACAAAAUGGAUGCUCUGAUGCCUAUAUCAGGAACUGCAUUUGCUGUGGGGAUAGACUUCCAUGCAGAAAAUGACACCAUCUAUUGGACAGACAUGGGACUUAAUAAAAUCAGCAGAGCUAAAAGAGACCAGACAUGGAAAGAAGACAUUGUUACCAAUGGCUUGGGAAGAGUAGAAGGAAUAGCAGUUGAUUGGAUCGCUGGCAACAUAUACUGGACAGAUCAUGGUUUCAAUUUAAUUGAAGUUGCAAGACUCAAUGGCUCUUUCCGUUAUGUUGUUAUUUCCCAAGGCCUGGAUCAACCAAGAUCUAUAGCUGUGCACCCAGAAAAAGGCUUCUUGUUCUGGACUGAAUGGGGACAGAUGCCCUGCAUCGGAAAGGCUCAUCUAGAUGGUUCUGAGAAGGUCAUGAUUGUAAGCAUGGGAAUAACAUGGCCGAAUGGCAUCUCCAUUGACUAUGAGGAAAAUAAAUUAUACUGGUGUGAUGCUCGCACAGACAAGAUAGAAAGAAUUGACCUGGACACUGGCGGGAAUCGUGAGGUGGUGCUGUCUGGGAGCAGUGUGGAUCUGUUUUCAGUUGCGGUCUUUGGGGCUUACAUCUACUGGUCUGACAGAGCACAUGCUAAUGGGUCAGUCAGAAGGGGCCCCAAGAGCGAUGCCACAGAAACAGUAACCAUGAGGACCGGACUUGGAGUCAACCUAAAGGAGAUCAAAAUUUUUAAUCGAGUAAGAGAGAAAGGGACCAAUGUCUGUGCCAAAAACAAUGGAGGCUGUAAGCAACUCUGUCUAUAUCGAGGGAAUUCCAGGAGAACCUGUGCUUGUGCCCAUGGUUAUUUGGCUGGGGAUGGAGUCACUUGUCUAAGACAUGAGGGCUACUUGCUAUAUUCAGGAAGAACAAUAUUAAAAAGCAUACAUCUUUCUGAUGAAACCAACUUAAAUUCUCCAGUAAGGCCCUACGAGAACCCACAUUAUUUCAAGAAUAUCAUAGCCCUGGCUUUUGACUACAAUCAAAAAACAGACGGUACAAAUCGGAUCUUUUACAGUGAUGCGCACUUUGGAAAUAUACAGCUUAUUAAAGAUAACUGGGAAGAUAGACAAGUAAUUGUUGAAAAUGUGGGAUCUGUUGAGGGCCUUGCCUAUCACAGAGCCUGGGACACUCUUUACUGGACCAGCUCCAGCACGUCGUCCAUCACCAGGCACACAGUAGACCAGACUCAACCUGGAGCAAUUGACAGGGAAGCAGUCAUCACCAUGUCAGAGGACGACCACCCUCAUGUGCUAGCUUUAGAUGAAUGCCAAAAUUUAAUGUUUUGGACCAAUUGGAAUGAACAGCAUCCCAGCAUCAUGAGAGCCACAUUGACUGGGAAGAAUCCCCAUGUGAUAGUCAGCACAGACAUACUCACUCCAAAUGGACUCACCAUUGACCACCGUGCAGAAAAGCUCUAUUUCUCAGAUGGCAGCUUAGGGAAAAUUGAAAGAUGUGAAUACGAUGGAUCCCGAAGACAUGUGAUUGUCAAGUCAGGACCAGGAACUUUUCUUAGUCUGGCGGUUUAUGACAAUUAUAUCUUCUGGUCUGACUGGGGACGAAGAGCUAUUUUGCGUUCCAACAAGUACACAGGAGGAGAAACAAAAAUUCUUCGUUCUGAUAUUCCACAUCAGCCAAUGGGAAUCAUAGCUGUUGCUAAUGACACCAAUAGCUGUGAACUCUCUCCAUGUGCAUUACUGAAUGGAGGUUGCCAUGACCUCUGCCUUUUAACACCUGAUGGAAGAGUGAAUUGCUCCUGUAGAGGGGACAGAGUAUUGCUAGCUAACAACAGAUGUGUGACUAAAAACUCUUCCUGUAAUAUCUAUUCUGAGUUUGAGUGUGGAAAUGGGGAAUGUAUUGACUAUCUGCUCACCUGUGAUGGCAUCCCUCAUUGUAAGGACAAAUCAGAUGAGAAACUACUCUAUUGCGAAAACAGAAGUUGUCGAAAUGGUUUUAAACCUUGUUACAAUCGUCGCUGUGUUCCUCAUGGAAAACUGUGUGAUGGUGCAAAUGAUUGUGGAGAUAACUCUGAUGAACUGGAUUGUAAAGUGUCAACCUGCUCCACAGUUGAGUUUCGCUGUGCAGAUGGUACUUGCAUUCCAAGAUCAGCACGAUGUAACCAAAACAUGGACUGUGCAGAUGCUUCAGAUGAAAAGAACUGCAAUAAUACAGAUUGUGCCCAUUUUUAUAAACUUGGAGUGAAAGCCACAGGAUUCAUAAGAUGUAACUCUACCUCACUGUGUGUUUUGCCAAGCUGGAUAUGUGAUGGGUCUAAUGACUGUGGAGACUAUUCAGAUGAAAUGAAGUGCCCAGUUCAAAACAAACACAAAUGUGAAGAGAAUUAUUUUGGUUGUCCUAGUGGAAGAUGCAUUUUGAAUACCUGGGUGUGUGAUGGUCAGAAGGACUGUGAGGAUGGGCUGGAUGAGCUGCACUGUGAUUCUUCUUGCUCUUGGAACCAAUUUGCUUGUUCUGUACAAAAAUGCAUUUCUAAACACUGGAUCUGUGAUGGUGAGGAUGACUGUGGAGACAGUCUAGAUGAAAGUGACAGCAUUUGUGGUGCUAUUACAUGUGCUUCUGACAUGUUCAGCUGCCAGGGCUCCCAUGCCUGCGUGCCCCAACACUGGCUGUGUGAUGGUGAGAGAGACUGUCCCGACGGGAGUGAUGAGCUCUCCUCUGCAGGCUGUGCACCCAAUAAUACAUGUGACGAAAACGCUUUCCUGUGCCGCAAUAAGGUGUGCAUUCCCAAGCAGUUUGUGUGUGACCACGAUGAUGAUUGUGGAGAUAGUUCAGAUGAGUUCCUGCAGUGUGGGUACCGGCAGUGUGGUGCAGAAGAGUUCCAAUGUGCUGAUGGACGCUGCCUAGUGAACACUCUAUGGCAGUGUGAUGGUGACUUUGACUGUCCUGAUGGUUCCGAUGAGGCACCAAUCAACCCCAAGUGCAGAAGUGCAGAACAUUCAUGCAACAGUUCAUUUUUUAUGUGCAAAAAUGGCAGGUGCAUUCCCAGCAGUGGUCUUUGUGACAAUAGGGAUGACUGCGGUGACGGCUCAGAUGAGAGAAACUGCCACAUAAAUGAAUGUCUGAGUAAGAAAGUCAGCGGAUGUUCUCAAGAUUGUCAGGAUUUGCCAGUAAGUUACAAGUGCAAGUGCUGGCCUGGAUUCCAACUGAAGGAUGAUGGUAAAACAUGUGUAGACAUUGAUGAAUGUUCUUCCGGCUUCCCCUGUAGUCAGCAAUGCAUCAAUACAUAUGGAACAUACAAGUGCCAGUGUGCGGAAGGCUAUGAAAUACAGCCCAAUAACCCAAAUGGCUGCAGGUCACUCUCAGAUGAAGAACCAUUCUUAAUUCUUGCUGAUCAACAUGAGAUAAGAAAAAUUAGCACAGACGGCUCCAACUACACACUUCUAAAGCAGGGAUUAAACAACGUUAUUGCGAUUGACUUUGAUUAUAGAGAAGAAUUCAUAUAUUGGAUUGAUUCUAGCAGACCCAAUGGAAGUCGGAUAAACAGAAUGUGUCUAAAUGGAAGUGACAUCAAGGUAGUGCAUAACACUGCUGUUCCCAAUGCACUUGCUGUUGAUUGGAUUGGAAAAAACCUCUAUUGGUCUGACACGGAGAAAAGGAUAAUUGAAGUAUCCAAACUCAAUGGCUUGUACCCUACUGUACUUGUUAGCAAAAGGCUGAAGUUUCCCAGGGACCUGUCUUUAGAUCCUCAAGCCGGGUAUUUGUACUGGAUUGACUGCUGUGAGUAUCCUCACAUUGGCCGUGUCGGAAUGGAUGGUACCAAUCAGAGUGUUGUCAUAGAAACCAAGAUUUCAAGACCUAUGGCACUAACAAUAGAUUAUGUCAACCAUAGACUCUACUGGGCUGAUGAAAAUCACAUUGAAUUUAGCAACAUGGAUGGAUCUCAUAGACACAGAGUCCCUAAUCAAGAUAUUCAAGGGGUGAUUGCACUAACAUUGUUUGAAGACUACAUCUACUGGACUGAUGGGAAAACCAAGUCACUCAGCCGUGUCCAUAAAACCUCGGGAGCAGACAGACUCUCACUGAUUAACUCAUGGCAUGCCAUCACAGAUAUCCAGGUGUAUCAUUCUUAUAGACAACCUGAUGUCUCCAAACAUCUUUGCGCAGUGAAUAAUGGUGGCUGCAGCCAUUUGUGCCUGUUAGCCCCUGGGAAGACACACAUCUGUGCAUGUCCCACCAACUUCUACCUUGCAGCUGACAAUAGAACUUGUUUGUCAAACUGCACAGCCAGUCAGUUUCAGUGCAAAACUGAUAAAUGCAUCCCUUUCUGGUGGAAAUGUGACACUGUGGAUGACUGUGGUGAUGGAUCUGAUGAGCCUGAAGACUGCCCUGAAUUUAAAUGUCAGCCAGGCCGAUUUCAGUGUGGAACAGGACUCUGUGCAUUGCCUGCUUUCAUCUGUGAUGGGGAGAAUGACUGUGGAGACAACUCUGAUGAACUUAACUGUGACACACAUGUCUGCCUGCCAGGUCAGUUCAAGUGUACCAAGAACCAGAAAUGUAUCCCAAUAAACCUCAGAUGUAAUGGACAAGAUGACUGUGGUGAUGAAGAAGAUGAAAGAGACUGUCCUGAAAACAGCUGCUCUCCUGACUAUUUCCAAUGCAAGACGACAAAGCAUUGCAUCUCCAAGCUGUGGGUUUGUGAUGAGGACCCAGACUGUGCAGAUGCCUCCGAUGAGGCCAACUGUGAUAAAAAGACUUGUGGACCUCAUGAAUUCCAGUGUAAGAACAACAACUGUAUUCCAGAUCACUGGAGGUGUGAUAGCCAGAAUGACUGCAGCGAUAAUUCCGAUGAAGACAACUGUAAGCCACAGACCUGUACGCUGAAAGAUUUUCUCUGCAGCAAUGGGGACUGUGUUUCAUCAAGGUUUUGGUGUGACGGAGAGUUUGACUGUGCCGAUGGCUCUGAUGAGAAAAAUUGUGAAACAAGUUGUUCCAAAGAUCAGUUUCAGUGUUCCAAUGGUCAGUGCCUUUCAGCAAAAUGGAAGUGUGAUGGGCAUGAAGACUGUAAAUAUGGAGAAGAUGAGAAGAACUGUGAAACAGCCUUUCCUGCUUGCUCAUCAAGUGAAUAUAUGUGUGCCGGUGGAGGAUGUCUGUCAGCAUCUUUGAAAUGUAAUGGAGAACCUGACUGUGUUGAUGGUUCAGAUGAGAUGAACUGUGUGAUAAAAUGUAAGGAAGAUCAGUUUCGAUGCAAAAAUAAAGCAUACUGUGUUCCGAUCCGAUGGCUGUGUGAUGGAAUCUAUGAUUGUGUGGAUGGAAGCGAUGAAGAGAACUGUGGCAGAGGGGGAAGUAUAUGCAGAGCUGAUGAGUUCCUGUGUAAUAACUCCCUUUGCAAGCUCCAUUUCUGGGUUUGUGAUGGAGAAGAUGACUGUGGAGACAACUCAGAUGAAGCCCCUGACAUGUGUGUCAAAUUUCUUUGCCCACCCACAAGGCCUCACAGAUGCAGAAAUGAUAGAAUCUGCCUGCAACUUGAGAAAAUGUGCAAUGGGAUUAAUGAUUGUGGGGACAACUCAGAUGAAGAUCACUGCAGCGGUGAACUGUUAUCCAAAGCCAAGCCUUGUAAGAAGGAUGAGUUUGCUUGCGGUAACAAAAUGUGCAUCCCCAUGGAGCUGCAAUGUGAUGGGCUCGAUGACUGUGGAGACGGUUCAGAUGAACAAGGCUGCACAAAGAGUCUCAGUGACCACACCUGUGAGGACAAUGGGAAUCCAUGUGGAGAUGAUGCAUAUUGUAAUCAAAUAAAAACAUCUGUUUUCUGUCGCUGCAAGCCUGGAUUUCGGAGAAACAUGAAAAGCAGGCAGUGUGAAGAUCUCAAUGAAUGCCUGGUGUUUGGUGUAUGCUCUCACCACUGUGUAAAUACUCAAGGAUCAUUUAAAUGUGUCUGUGACCAGAACUUCCAAGAAAAAAACAACAGCUGUGUAGCAAAAGGCUCUGAAGAUCACGCUAUCUACAUAGCUAAUGACACUGACAUCCUGGGUUUUGUAUAUCCAUUCAACUACAGUGGCGGUCAUCAGCAGAUUUCUCAUGUUGAACAUAAUUCAAGAAUAACAGGGAUGGAUGUAUAUUAUCAAAGAAAUGUGAUUGUCUGGAGUACUCAGUUUAAUCCAGGUGGGAUUUUCUACAGAACGAUCGAUGGCAGAGAAAAGAGGCAAGCAAACAGUGGCUUGAUUUGUCCUGAAUUUAAAAGGCCUCGAGAUAUUGCAGUUGACUGGGUUGCAGGAAAUAUAUAUUGGACUGAUCAUUCUAGAAUGCACUGGUUUAGUUACUAUACUACUCACUGGACCAGCCUGAGAUACUCCAUCAAUGUAGGACAGCUGAAUGGCCCCAACUGCACCAGACUCUUGACUAAUAUGGCUGGCGAGCCCUAUGCUAUUGCUGUAAAUCCUAAAAGAGGGAUGAUGUACUGGACUGUAAUUGGCGACCACUCCCAUAUAGAAGAAGCAGCCAUGGAUGGCUCUCUCAGGAGGAUUUUAGUACAAAAAAACUUACAGAGACCCACAGGUCUGACUGUUGAUCACUUCGGUGAACGCAUCUACUGGGCUGACUUUGAGCUCUCCAUUAUUGGCAGUGUCUUGUAUGAUGGUUCCAGUCCAGUGGUCUCUGUCAGCAGCAAGCAAGGUUUGCUGCAUCCUCACAGAAUUGAUGUCUUUGAAGAUUAUAUAUAUGGAGCAGGACCUAAAAAUGGUGUAUUUAGAGUACACAAAUUUGGUCAUGGUUCAGUAGAGGUCCUAGCUUUAGACGUUGACAAAACAAAGAGUGUUUUAAUAUCACAUCGUUAUAAACAACUAAAUUUACCAAAUCCUUGCUUGGAUUUGUCAUGUGAUUUCCUCUGCUUGCUGAAUCCUUCUGGGGCCACUUGUGCCUGCCCAGAAGGAAAAUACAUGAUGAAUGGAACUUGCAAUGAUGACAGCCUAUUAGAUGACUCUUGCAAACUGACUUGUGAAAAUGGAGGAAGGUGCAUCUUAAAUGAGAAGGGUGAUCUGAGGUGUCACUGCUGGCCCAGUUACUCGGGAGGACGGUGUGAAGUAAACCACUGCAGCAACUACUGUCAGAAUGGAGGGACCUGCAUACCAUCCACUCUGGGAAGACCCACCUGUAUCUGUGCCCUAGGAUUUACUGGGCCCAACUGUGGCAAGACAGUGUGUGAAGAUUCUUGUCACAAUGGUGGGAGCUGUGUAGUGACUGCUGGCAACCAGCCUUAUUGUCACUGCCACUCAGACUACACUGGAGACAGAUGCCAAUACUAUGUGUGCCACCACUAUUGUGUGAAUUCAGAAUCAUGUAUCAUUGGGAAUGAUGGAAGUGUUGAGUGUGUCUGUCCAACACGAUAUGAAGGACCAAAAUGUGAGAUUGACAAAUGUAUUCGAUGCCAUGGGGGUCACUGUAUUAUAAAUAAAGACAACGAAGAUAUACUUUGCAACUGUACUAAUGGAAAGAUUGCCUCUAGCUGUCAGUUAUGUGAUGGUUACUGUUACAAUGGUGGCACAUGCCAGCUGGAUCCUGAAACUAGCAUACCUGUGUGUGUAUGCUCUGUGGGGUUUAAAAGUCAGCGCUGUGACCAGAAAGAGAAUCCUUGUGAUCACUACUGUCAGAAUGAGGGGAUUUGCACUUUAACUGCGUUUAAUGAGCCGAGAUGCAAAUGCUCCACUAAUUGGUCAGGUACACAGUGUGAAAGACCAGCUCCGAAGAGUAGCAAGUCUGAACUCAUCAGCACAAGGAGCAUUGCUAUCAUUGUGCCUCUUGUCCUCUUGGUGACCUUGGUAACCACCCUAGUGAUUGGUUUGGUGCUUUGUAAGAGAAAAAGAAGAACAAAGACAAUCAGGAGACAGCCUAUUAUCAAUGGAGGAAUAAAUGUAGAAAUUGGCAAUCCGUCAUACAAUAUGUAUGAAGUGGAUCACGACCACAGUGAUGGGAGUCUUUUAGAACCAAGUUUCAUGAUCGAUCCAGUAAAGUCCAGAUACAUAGGGGGAGGGCCCAGUGCUUUCAAGCUCCCACACACAGCACCGCCCAUCUACCUAAACUCUGAUUUGAAAGGACCUCUAACUUCUGGGCCAACAAAUUACUCCAACCCAGUGUAUGCAAAAUUAUAUAUGGACGGACAAAACUGUAGAAACUCAUUAGGAAGUGUCGAUGAACGGAAAGAAUUGCUCCCAAAGAAAAUUGAAAUUGGCAUCAGAGAGACAGUGGCGUAACGAAGGCCAUUUUUCUAUGCUGUAUAAAUAUAUAACAUAUGAGGAUUACUUUUGUAUGUUCCAACAGUAUUAUACUUGUUUUAGCAUCAGCAUUAUCUCCUUAUCUUUUUUCCUGGUUAAUUGUUUUCUGGGUUUUUUUUUUGCUAAUGAAUAUGGAUUCACCAUUUUUAUGGUAUUUUUAUGAAAAAUAACUGCACUACACUACAACUUAAAAUAAUGCUGCUGAUAUGACACACCUUUGAAUUUCUUAAAAUUAAAAAAUAUUCCUUUGUAGAGUUAAUAUGAGCAAUCUAUUUUAUAAGAAUCUUUAGUUCUACAUAAUCAGCAAAGAACUCUCCAUUUUCUCAUUCUGUUGUCUAAGUACUGUAAUACAAUGACAUUAUAUUUCUCUUGUAUUGAAAGGACAGACUCUCUUCUCUAUGCUCAUAACCGUGGAUUGAAAUUUAGCUGAGAGUAUAUAUCCCUUAAAAGUACAGCAUCUCCUGCUUUGCAAUUAAUAUCAGAUGACAAAGGAAUAACUGGAAUAUGAGGCAAAACCUUUUUUAAAAUAUAAUUUUAAUUUGCAUGAAUACAAAUGACUUAUUUUCCAAAAAAAUUUAGUAGACUCUAUGACAUACAAAACAUGUACCCCCUGUAACAAUAGUGAUAUUUAGAUUCGUAGAACAUAGCAAACCUCUAACCAGAGACAGUACUAAUAACACUUGCUGUGGGAUAGGAACUUUUAUUCCUCCUCAGUCCUGAGGCACACAGCCAGCCAACAGUUCAUUUUCUGGAUGGAUAUAACCUUUAGCAACACUAAACACAAGAAAUCCACAUGCAACCACACAAACUGAUGGGAAAUUUCAGUUUUGUGAAUGCAUUCUCUUUUCUAGUUGAAAGAGAAUUUUCUUUGUAUGAAGUAAUUGGUAAAUAUUUUGAAGAUAUGAAAUGACUAAUUAAUUGUUCUCCCAAUUCAACUAUGAUUCAAGGGCCUCUCGAGGUAUAAGAAUAACCUGCCAUAAUGCCAGGUGGAGAGUUUCUCUGUGCCGUUAGCAUUGGUAAUUUGAUUUCUCUUUGGUUACACAAAACACACAGACCCAUUCACUUUGUUUUCAAAAACUGAUUGUAACAAAUAUGGUUUAUUUAAGUUGUAUAAAAAAGAUAACAUUUUUAUACAAAUAUCUUUAAAGGCACAAAAGAUUUAUUCAUAAGCUGUGGGGGUUUUUGUCCCUCUAAUAGACAUGACUGAAUUUUAGCUGUCAUAAUGUAUUAAUCUAACAGAUGAAAUAUGUUUGUGGUUGCUCUCUUCCCUUUGUACAAGCAUUAAAAACUGCUGUUUUAUAAGGAAAUUUUUGUUGUAUAAUGUGCAUGCAUACUACCUAUUUCUAAACUUUGCCAUACUGAGGCCUUUAUAGAAUAUUGGUUUAUGUAAUACUCGUGUGAUUUGCUUGAACAAUGUUAUGCAUACCAUAAACUUUUUCAGGUUCUUGUUUAAGUACAUUUUUUAAAUUGAACAGUAUUUUUCAUUUUGGUUAUAAUAGUCAUUUUGCCUAUGUUUCUACAAUGAAGUGUUAAAUACUUUAUAAAAAUUGUUGACUGACUUAUUUAAAUGAAAUUCUACAUAUUUAA